GAGUUAAGGUCAGCCCAGGUGCUGACGAGACGGCCCAGAGGUGACAGUGUCGUGCCUGUCACCAGCCCUGUCUGGUCCCGUAGGCAGCACGGCCAAGAUAGCAAACAUGGUGUGUCCGGGAGCCUCCUUCAGGAUGGCUUGGGGACUCCCCCAGGAAGCACCCCCAGCUCCUUCCUGGUGCCUUGGUGGCCCUCGUUCCUUCCUUCUGGAUGAGGGCCAGGAGCCUGAGCAGGUAUAAAGGGGCAGACGGAGGCUGUCCCAGCAUGACUCCUCAGGACAGACUGCCAGCCAGGUACGGCCCGGCACAGGGGUGAGGCGGGAUGGCCAGCUGCUUGCUGGGUCACCCACCUGACUGCUCCUCCCCAGAGCCUCGGGCUGGGCCCUGGACACCAUGCUGCUGUACCUGCUGCUGGCCCUUGCACUCCUGGGGAGCCCUGUCUCUCGGGCCAAGGUCCUGUACGGACACGAAGCAGGCGAGUUUUUCAGUACCUUCGAUGACUACGAAAAUGAGGUCAGGGGGAUUCGAAUCACGACGAAUCUUCUGGGCCAAAUUCAGAGCAUCCAGGUGAAGAUUGGGUGUGUCUGGGAUGCCACGUAUGGGUCGCUGGGGCAGAACAUGCAGGAGUUCCACCUGAGUUCUGGAGAACACAUCACGGCCGUCCACGGCAAGCACCUGCUCAAGCUCUGGAUGCUGAAUGUGUGUACCAACCACAACCACUGUGUGCAGUUCGGCAAGUCGGUGGGCAAGCCCUUCUCUGCCUUCGCCAGAGAGGAUGGGGAGGUGCUCCAGGGCUUCUUUGGGUUUUUGGCUCUCAAUGGUUUCAAGAAUAUCGGCUUUAAGUGGGGCAUGCUGCCCCCAGAAUCGCUCCCUGCCCCAACUUGUAACAACACCCUUCAAUGAAUGCAGCUGCCCAGUUGCCAGGGGCAAGUUUGGGGGUAACUGGGUCGGGGGCUGACUCCAAUCCCACCGGGCAAUAA